UACAUAGUGAAAACUAUUAGAUACUCAUGGAGCACUCACAUGCAAUUGAGAAAAUGAGAAUGGAGCUCUUUUCUUCAUCGGCAAAUCUCUUCGCCCUUUUGCCUGUCUCUGCAUAUGAGACAUCUUUAGUCGUCAUGGUGCCUGACCCAAAUGACCAGACCCGGCCAAUGUUCCCUGGGUAUUUGGAUUGGGUUCUACGUAGCCAAAAUACUCUUGGUUUUUGGUUAGACGAUCAUCCGCAAGAUCAUCGUCGUGAGCUUAAAAGCAAUGAGUCACAAUGGACCGCGGCUGAUGUAGUGGGCACUCUAGCAUGCUUAAUUGCACUCAAGACUUGGGAGAUCGAUGGUUUCUCUCACAAAAUAAAUAAAGGACUUGAAUUCCUCAGAGAUAACAUGGAAAAGGUGUUGUGGAAGCUGAGGAAGAGCAAACAGGAUGGUGAUGAAGCUGGGCUUCUUCGUAGGUGGAUUUUGAUGGUUGAGCUUGCAGAGGCCAAAGGCUUGAAAGUAUUUCCUGCAGCUCAACAUAUCAAAGAUGGACCAUUUAACAAAUUUAAAUUGAAUGGAACAAAGAUUAAUUGCAGAUUAGAGGACGAGACAAUAGAGAGAAUUGUGAUGAGGGAGAUUGCUUUUGAAAAUAGUGGCUCGGAACUCUAUCGAUCACCAUCGACAACCGCAUGUGCUUUCAUGACUGGCGGAAACCAAGCAUACAAAACUUACCUUCAAAAUUUAUUUGUGGAUUGCCAACACGGAGUUCCUCCCAUAUACAUGAUGGACAAAGAUGUGAUAAAGCUCUGUCUGGUUGAUCACUUGGAGAGGCUUGGAUGUGCAGAGCAUUUCACCGAAGAUAUUAAGAAUGUGAUAGAUAUACAAUACAAAGAGUGGAUUGUAGAAGAAUUACAAGCCCCAAAUAAAAAUAAUGUUGCAUUCCAACUCUAUAAAGACUCCUUAGCUUUCCGACUUUUAAGGAUGAAAGGCUAUCAAGUCUCUCCAUGGAGGUUUUGUUGGUUCAUUGACGAUGAGGAGAUUAUGUCUCAUAUAAAGGAUAAUCAUCGCUUUUUUUUAGGCCCUAUGCUUAGCAUUUACAAAGCAUCAAAUAUUGCUUUUCCAGACGAUCAUAAACUUGACAAAGCUGGAGAGUUUGCUCGACAAAUCUUGCAGAUGGGAAUCUUGAGCAUGAAAUCUAAAAAUGAAACCAUUUUCUUAUCUACAUCACCUCUGUUACAACAAGAGAUUGAGCAUGAGUUGGGGCUCAAAUGGCUAGCUCGAAUGGAUCAUUUGGAGCAUAGGUUCUACAUUGAAAGAGGAGGGAUCUAUCUCUUUUGGAUUGGAAAUAAUGCUCCUUAUUGCAAGAUCUUACAAAAUGAUGACUUACUCCAACUUGCCAUUGAUAAUUUCACGACUAGACAAAUAGUAUACAAGAAAGAGCUUCACGAACUACACAGGUGGGCCAAGGACACAGGCCUCUCCACUAUGGGAUUUGGUAGAGAGAAGACAUCAUAUUGUUAUUUUGCCGUAGCUUCUUCAAUUUGCUUCCCAAUUAACAUAGAUUCAAGGAAGGAAGCGGCAAAAUGUGCAACCUUCAUUGCAGUUGCAGAUGAUUUUUUUGAUGAGAAAGCCCCACUUGAUGAAUUAUUCAUUCUAACAGAUGCAUUACAAAGAUGGGAUGGAGAAUUUCUAACGGGCCAUAGCAAAGUUAUUUUUAACGCCCUCGACAACUUAGUUCAUGAUAUUUCUCAAAAAUCCUUCAAGCGAUAUGGCUAUGACGUGAAGAAAAUUCUUCAAGAUGCUUGGAAAGAAAUAUUCAAUUCAUGGCUGAAGGAAGCAGAAUGGGCAAGAAGCUCUCAUUGUCCUUCAAUUGAUCAAUAUAUUGAAAUUGGCAAGACAUCAGUUGCAGUUCAAAUGAUGAUUUUUGCAUCAUGUUAUUUGACAAACUCAAACAUAUAUGUUGAAGAGAGCUGUUGGGACAUAAGUAAUACUAUGAUUACUCAAUCUGUUAUGGAGUCAUGUCGUUUGUUGAAUGACUUGGAGAGCUAUGAGAAAGAAGCUAAAGAUGGAAAACCAAAUAUAGUUUCGCUAUACCAAAAGGAGAAUCCAGAUGCUCCAAUUGAUGAAGCCAUCACUUUUGUGAGGAAUAUUUGGGAAAAAAAGAAAAAAGAACUUCUUCAACUAGUGAUGUCAAGUGACUCUACAAGUUCUCAAAUGCCAAGGGAGUGGAAGGACGUGCAUCUAGCUUUCUUGAAACUUUUUCAAAUGUUCUAUGACUCCACAAAUGUAUUCGACUCCCCAACUAUGCUACUUAAAAGCAUUGACAAGGCAAUAUAUGAACCAUUAAAGUGCAAAACAACUAGUGAACCUGUAUAUUUCAUUCCCAAGGAACCGAAAACAGCAAAAAUUGAAGCUCCAAAUAUAAAAUUAAAGAUUGGAGGAGCUAGAGUCAAAAGUGGACUAUUGUCAUUUGAUUCGAACAAAUGGCCAAAUCAACAAAAAUAUAAAAUGUUUCAUAAGCAAUCUAUUGCAUGUUCGUUCAUCACAUGUCAUACUACCAGCUACAAAUGUAUGAUUUAAAUUCAUUAGAUAUGAAAGCAUAUUUUGGAGGAGAAAAUAAUGGGACAAA